UAGACACGAAGACACCGCUACAAAGACCGCGUCUCUCUUUUGCUUGGCAUCCGAAAACAAAAAACAAGGGAAAGAAUUCAGAGGAAACCAAUAAUGGCAUCGAAAGACAAGAAACCAUCCAAAUCAUCAAGCAGUCGCGCCGGAGGUAUCCGCACUCUCUCCGAUCUUAACCGCCAUACUGGUCCCGACUCCGACAGCGACGACGACGCUCCUCAAGAGUACUACACUGGUGGCGAAAAGAGUGGUAUGCUUGUUCAAGAUCCUUCAAAGGGUAAUGGUAAUGAUGUUGAUGCGAUCUUCAAUCAAGCUAGGCAACUGGGAGCUGUUGAGGGUCCUCUUGAUCCGCUUCGCCCAUCUUCAAGCUCGAGAAGCUUUACCGGGACUGGUAGGUUACUCUCAGGGGAAACUAUACCAUCUGCUCCUCAGCAACCUGAGGCUGUCAUUCACAAUAUUGUUUUCUGGACAAAUGGUUUCACCGUAAAUGACGGUCCUUUGAGGAGGUUGGAUGAUCCUGAAAAUGCACCUUUCUUAGAGAGCAUCAGAAAGUCUGAAUGUCCAAAGGAGCUUGCGCCUGCAGAUCGAAGGUCUUCAGUCCAUGUCAAUUUGAUAAGAAGGGAGGAACAGUGUCCUGAGCCAGAGAAGCAGCGCCACGUUCCAUUUCAGGGUGUGGGUAGAACCCUGGGUAGCAGCUGUACUGCAGCAAGUGAACCAACUGCCAAUUCAACCCCUGUCAACACUGCUCCAACUUCUUCCAUGGGUGUAGUUGUGGAUGAAUCAUUGCCAUCGACUUCAAUUCAGCUAAGGUUGGCAGAUGGAACCCGCAUGAUUGCCCACUUCAAUUACCACCACACUGUGAAUGAUAUUCGAGCUUUCAUUGAUGCAUCAAGACCUGGCGGCGCUCAGAAUUAUCAGCUGCAGCUGAUGGGAUUUCCUCCUAAGCUUCUAGGUGAUCCAACUCAGACAAUAGAGCAAGCUGGGCUUGCCAAUUCAGUUGUUAUUCAGAAAUUCUAGGUUAGGCGGAGGAUGGCUGUGCUCUCUUUCUCGCCAUUACUCUGCUGCUUAUUGUACCUAUUCAACCAAAUUCUAUGAACAUAUGGACCCCCAAUUGCCAUUCUUAUAGAUUAAAAGAGUAUUAUGGUGGCUAAGUUGCUGGUUAUUGGAAUGCGAGCUUUUGGACUAGAAUGCUUCUUCUACAAAUUGUGCUGUUGCAUUGUUGAUAUUUUAAUUUUGUGGCGUUGUAGUUUCUUGACUAUGGAAUAGAGGUUUUCUGUGAAAAGCAUUCCUUUUCGGGUUUCCUGCCUA